AAAUGGCAUACUGCAUAAUAAUUUGUCAAAAGCCCUAGAAGAGCCCUAAUUAGGACGGCUAGGGCUUUGGCGGCAUGGCGACUCAGAUCAGCAAGAAGAGAAAGUUCGUCGCCGAUGGCGUGUUCUACGCCGAGCUCAACGAGCUUCUCACGCGGGAGUUAGCAGAGGAUGGAUACUCGGGCGUGGAGGUGCGUGUCACACCGAUGCGCACUGAGAUCAUCAUCCGGGCGACGCGAACGCAGAGCGUUUUGGGCGAAAAGGGUCGCCGAAUUCGAGAGCUCACGUCUGUCGUCCAGAAGAGGUUCUCGUUCCCCGAGAGCACAGUGGAGCUGUAUGCCGAGAAGGUGAACAACCGUGGCCUCUGCGCCAUCGCUCAAGCCGAGUCUUUGCGAUACAAGCUCCUGGGAGGACUGGCCGUCCGAAGGGCCUGCUAUGGUGUUCUCAGGUUCAUCAUGGAGUCUGGAGCCAAGGGUUGUGAGGUGAUUGUGAGCGGCAAGCUCCGAGCCCAACGCGCCAAGUCGAUGAAGUUCAAGGACGGAUACAUGAUCUCGUCUGGCAGCCCCGUGAACGAGUUCAUCGACAGGGCCGUGCGCCACGUCCUUUUGCGCCAGGGGGUUUUGGGGAUCAAGGUGAAGAUCAUGCUGGACUGGGAUCCAAAGGGCAAGACCGGGCCGUCGACACCGCUGCCGGACAUGGUGACGAUCCAAGUACCCAAGGAAGAAGAGGAGUAUGUUCCACGUCCUUACGUUGGCAAGGAGGAUGUGUAAAGCCACUAGCUCUCUCUUGAGUCCUGUGUUUCCAAACUAAAAAUGUAGCGUAGGAAAUUUUACAAUCUUAUCAUUUUGUCUUUAAUAAUAUUUAGUUUUGUCAGAUGAUA